UGAAGAAUGACAUGUCACAACAUUCGUAAAAGCUCACAAUCAUGAACUACUAUCACAAAAUGAAAUGAGAUUUCUUCCUUGUAACCGCAUUAUCACUCUAGAGGAUGAACAACAAAUUUUGCUAUACAAAAAGGCCGGGCUCAAUGUUCGACAAAUUAUUCAUGUAAUGGAACUGCAAAAAGAGGUGAAACAUGGUGAUCUUUCUUCCCAAGAAAAAGAUGUCCGUAAUUUGUUUACUAAAAUGAGGAGAGAAGUUGGACAUAAUGAUGCAAUUGACCUUAUUAGUUACAUGGAGGCUUCAAAAGAAAAGAAUAAUAAGUUUGAGUAUGCAUAUACUAUUGAUGAAGAUAAUAGGCUAGAAAACAUAUUUUGGUGUCAUCCUCAAAGUUUCGAGUGGUGUCAAAAAUUUGGUGAUGUAGUUGUACUUGAUACGACUUAUAAGGUCAAUGCAUAUGACAUGUCAUGUGCAUUUUUUGUUGGCAUUAAUAAUCAUGGAAAGACGGUUUUGUUUGCAAGUGCACUUCUUCGUAACGAGACUGUAAAAACGUUUACAUGGUUGAUGAAGACUUUUGUGACCGUCAUGAAAAAACCAUCAAAGACAAUCAUUACAGAUCAGGAUCCAUGGAUGUCUGAAGCAAUUGGAACUGAAAUGCCAACUACAAAACAUAGCUUUUGUAUAUGGCAUAUCACUGCAAAGUUUAGCUGUUGGUUUUCAGCUCUUCUUCGCACUCGGUACCAAAGUUGGUGUGGUGAUUUCUAUACACUUUAUAAGAUGACUUCAAUAGAAGAGUUCGAGCAUAAUUGGCCAUUAAUUGUUUCAAAGUAUAACUUACAAAAGAACAAUCAUGUGAAAGGCUUGUACAAAAUUAGGAAGUCAUGGGCACCUGCUUACCAUCGAAAUUAUAUUUUUGGUGGAAUGAAAUCAACUAGAUCAGAGAGCAUGAAUUCUUUUAUUAAACGAUUUGUUUUCUCACACACAAGUUUGAGAGAUUUUGUUAAACAGAUUGAUUUAGCAAUUGAAGACAUUGGAAUUAACGAGGUGAAAGAUAAAAUGUCAAGUAUACUUGCACAGACUUCUUUGAAGACAAAAUCGCCUUUGGAAGAACAAGCUUAUGGAAUUCUUACCCCAUUUGCUUUCAAGAUUUUUCAAGCCGGAUUUGAAAGAGCAAACCAAUAUCUAAUUGUGCGUGUCGAAGGUAAUGACUUUAUCAUACGUUACUUUGAAAGUGAAAAUCAUAAAAGUCAUCAAGUUUUUUGGGAUGGGCACAUUGCUUUGUGUAGCUGCAAAAAUUUUGAGUUUUGGGGAAUACUUUGCCGUCAUAUAUUUCGGGCACUUCUUCACAAGGAUUGUUUUGAGAUACCAAGGGUAUAUUUUCCUUUACGUUGGAGUCUAGAUUCAUUUCAAAGUGCCAGUGUCAUGCAACCUGUAUCAGCAAAUGUGUCAUUCACUCAUAAAACUGUCAAAGGCACUGAAUCGGAAAAAAGAUGCACCAUUUUGUGUCCCCCAAAAUCAGCAGUAAAAGGUCGUCCAAAGAAGGGGCGUAUCAAGGGUGGAAAAGAAGUGGCAAGUAAAACGCGUAACAAAUGUUCUAUAUGCAAAGAACUUGGACAUACGAGGACCACAUGUCAUAACAAGGAAAACAUUGUUGAUGGGGAAAACGCCUCUUCAAAUCAGCCAGCAAAGAGGAGGAAAGAAAUGACACAUGAUCUUGGACUAAACCCGGUGUUCAGUUUGAAGUACUAGGCCACCACAUUUUAUCGUAUUUCGUCUUUUGAUUUGCGAACAUUCUAAUAACGUGUUGUAUGACGGUUUAUACUUUGUCUUUUUAACGUGUAAACGUUGGUUUUACUUUGGUUUUUAGUUUGGUU